AUGGCUAAGGAGGUAGGAAAAGGAGAGAGAAGUGCCUUGCUAGGAUUGGAGAAAAAAGGAUUGCUGCAUAAGAGGCAAUUUAUGACUCAUACUCUACCUGUCUCUAUCAAUUCGGAGCAAUGGAUGUCAUUGAAAAUGUCAGCAAAGCAAAUCGUGCGUUUGCUUACUCAGCCAACAUGGAAUUUCAAAGGUUUAUGCCCUAAUGUGAAAGGAAGAACCUCACCUGAAACUAGCUCCCAUCAAAAUGUUUUCCAUGGAAAUUCAGAAGAAUCAUGA